UGUAUAGAUGUUGGUACGCGGGUGUAUGUGAACGUAUGUAUGUGUACAUCCAUCAUGAGUCAGAACCCAUGGUCGGUCCGCGUUUCGUAAUUAAUUUCUGCGGUAACGAGAAAAAUGCGAGUCUAGACCCGGGACUACGACACCUGCUCACUCCCGGGCCGCUUGUCCUGAGAGGACAUGCCCGUUGUGUGCGGUAAAUCGUGCAUCUUUUAUCUUCCUUUCGUUUAGCUCGCUCGUAUCCAUUAUGUGUGUUUAGUGUUGUGUGUUUUCUUUUCUCAUUUCCCUCGUCAAAAAUUCUAUAUCCCGGUUUCCCUCUUCUGGGAAACUCUCAUUUCUGUCGUUCGAGCAGCAGCAUUAACAACGAAUUGUUUAAGACGGCAUUUUGGGCUAUCGGAUUUUGAGUACGAACACGAAUGCUCUCCAACUCGCACCACCGACUGAUCUUACAUCGUCAGUCUCUUCGUCGAUCGAACUUUCACAAGAAAGAAUGGAUUGUGAAUUUUUCAACGGUCUCGUUGAUCGUACUUACCUGUUCUAUUCUUUUCAUUCCUGUGAAUAAAACGAUUUGAAGCAGGUAACUUAAGUCAUUAAAGAAAAAACUACUAUAGUGCCAACAUGGAUCAAAACAGAAAUAGACCUAGUAGACCACGUCUGCGUUCCCAUGGCAAUUCUGCCAGAGUACUGGUAUUUGAUCAGGCAGAAAGCGAAGAAUCUGCUUGUAGUACAGAAGCAGAGAUUCAAAGACGACCGAUACCACCCAAAGUGGAAAGCAAAGAAGCUCCAGUUAGGCCUGUUAGCGGAGAAUUGUCAAAUUUGGUUCGAAUGAGGAACUCUGCAAUUGGGAAGUCUGCACCAUCUUUAUCCGUUCAUGUGCGUGAUUUUAAUAUUUCUCGGCGCGCUGCUAAAGCGGCACAUCGUAAGUCCUUUAUUGCAACAACAUCUCCAACUUUACCACGUUGUCAUUCACCAUUAUCAGCAUUCGUCCCGAUUGUAGGCAGUCCCCUAGAGAGUCCUAGGAUGUCAUCCAGUCCACAUUUUGCUUUUGCUCCAAUUAAAAGAAUCGGUGGAGGUGCCACAGGAACCGGAGAUGGCAGAAGAUGGUCAGUUGCUAGUUUACCAUCUAGUGGAUAUGGAACAACACCAGGUUCCAGCAAUGUUUCGUCACAGUACUCGAGUCAGGAACGUUUGCAUCAACUUCCAAAUGUUCCAACCAAGGACGAAUUGCGUAUGCUUUCUUGUCAUUUCUCUAAGCCUGGCACACCGUGUUCUUCGCAUCCGGGAUUUCCAGGUUCUAGUAUUUCUAGUAUCCCAGGCAGCGUGUCCCUCAGUCUUGAUGAAGAGGGUCGUAGGUCACCAUUACACAGACCGCGUUCGCGAAGUUUGAGUAGUCCGAGUCGGUCCCCCGUGUUGGACAGCGAAAUUGUUAUGAUGAAUACUCUUUACAAGGAACGAUUUCCAAAGGCAACGCAGCAGAUGGAAGAACGUCUGACUAAUUUUAUCAACGAAAAUAAGGAAUUGGACGAGUACGAAGUGAUGUCAAAUAUGACGCAAGAUUCUUUGCCGAUUUUACGGUUUGUGCAUCAUCAAGUAAUCGAAAUGGCAAGAGAUUGCUUACAGAAAUCUCAGGAGAAAUUAAUUACAACUAGGUAUUUCUAUGAAAUGAGUGAAAAUUUAGAACAUUUACUAAUGGAGACCAAAGAUAAGUCGCUUGAAGCAGCAACAAGAUUAACGGGGCUUAUUAAAAAAUUACUAUUAGUAAUAUCGCGACCAGCUCGACUGUUGGAAUGUUUAGAAUUCGAUCCAGAAGAAUUUUAUCAUCUGCUAGAACAAGCUGAAGGGCAAGCAAAAAUUAAUGCCGGAAUAAAAACAGAUAUACCUCAGUAUAUUAUUAAUAAGUUGUCUCUUAAUAGGGAUCCAAUAUCAGAACUGCAAGAAGAUUUAAAUAAACUAGAAGAUUCGGCGAGUUCAAGCGAUAGUAAUUUACAAGUUGCGUCCAGUCCGAAUAAGGACGAUGAAAAGUCUCAACGCAUUCCGUGUGAAAGCGAUUACGAAGUAUUGAAGCUGAUUAGUAACGGCGCGUACGGCGCAGUGUAUUUAGUUAAAGAGAAAACGACGCGGCAAAGGUUCGCCAUGAAAAAAAUAAAUAAGAAUAAUCUAAUGCUUCGAAAUCAAGUAGAGCAAGUGUUUGCUGAAAGGGACAUAAUGAGCUUUACAGACAAUCCAUUUGUAGUUUCUAUGUACUGUAGCUUCGAAACAAAAAAGCACUUAUGUUUAGUAAUGGAAUACGUAGAGGGAGGAGAUUGUGCGAAUCUUUUAAAAAAUAUCGGUCCACUGCCACCGGAUAUGGCAAGGUUUUAUUUCGCAGAAACUGUUUUAGCUGUCGAGUAUCUGCAUAGCUACGGUAUUGUUCAUCGUGACUUAAAACCUGACAAUUUACUUAUUACUGCCCUUGGUCAUAUUAAACUCACAGACUUUGGUCUGAGUAAAAUGGGUCUUAUGUCUUUGGCGACAAAUCUUUACGAGGGAUACAUCGACAGGGAUACCCGACAAUUUUCAGACAAACAGGUAUUCGGCACGCCUGAGUAUAUCGCUCCUGAAGUUAUACUCCGUCAAGGAUACGGUAAACCUGUUGAUUGGUGGUCUAUGGGCAUUAUACUGUACGAAUUUCUAAUUGGAUGCGUUCCAUUUUUUGGUGAUACACCUGAGGAACUGUUUGCUCAUACAGUUAAUGAUGAUAUCGAGUGGCCAGAUGAAGAUGACUGGCCUGUUCAGCCAGAGGCUAAAGAUAUUAUAACAGCGUUGUUGCAACAAAGCCCUAGAGAUCGUUUAGGUACUGGCGGAUCUCACGAAGUGAAAGAACACCCAUAUUUUUAUGGAGUAAAUUGGAAUAGUUUGCUCAGACAAAAGGCUGAAUUCGUGCCACAAUUAGUAAAUGACGAAGAUACAAGUUACUUCGAUACUCGUAUGGAUAGAUAUAAUCACGAUAUAGGUGACGAUACCGACGACACCGAUGAUUCCCCUUUGUUCGGAUCGUUCUCCUCGUAUUCCCCUCAGUCACGAAAGAUAUCUCAAACCCGUCCACCCCAGCUAAAUCCUGAGUUAGAGUCGGAUGCCUCGAAGAAACAAUUAUUCCGUACCGAACUUGAGCGUACAGUCGCACAGUUGUCUCUUGGAUCGAACAACACAAUGAUGCCUCCAUCCAAACUCAUAGAAUCGACUUCGUCGGAUAAGAACCGACUUUCAUCGUCCAUUAAGAGUAGUACGUCUAGCGAGACACCGCCAAAGGCAGACAAAUCGAACGCAUCGUUUGCUAGUCCUGCCACGGUGACGAGUGGCGAGUCACAAUUAACGGUUAUCAAGAACAAUCAAAUGGAAGGAACGUCGAUCAGCUUGAGUACACCAGAUUCGUCGCAAACAGAGUCUGAGGAUAUUAGUCCACAGAUUCAGAGAAAGCGGCAUGUGCACUCCCGGGACAAGCUGCCCAGGUUCAGUAUAUGCGUUGAUGAUGAACACAUGUUGGAUCUAAUUGCUGCUAACAGAGAUACAACUGAAGAGAGUAAACACAAUUCUAGUACCGAUUCGUUUGAAUCGUUUAGCGCAAUGCCAAUUAUACCCUCUGCUAAGCAUAAGUCACGAUCCGUAAUUAAAUCUGCAUCCACUAGUGGAUUGUCACUGGUGAUACCUGCUAGUGAUUUUUCUUACGAUGCGUCAUUAAAUACUCAGCCAAUCGAAUCUCCUGGGGGAUCGUCCACUGCUUCUUCGAGAGAUACAUCCCCUUGUCGCGAAUUGAGUCCUCUCGUAACUAGUUUGAAACCUCCUAUUAUCAUUCGAAGAGGACCCUGUGGAUUUGGUUUCACGGUACAUACCAUUAGGGUGUAUUACGGGGACAGUGAUUUUUAUACAAUGCAUCAUCUGGUCAUGGCCGUUGAUCAAUCUAGUCCAGCAUUUGAAGCUGGCUUGAGACCGGGAGAUCUCAUAACUCAUAUAAAUGGCGAACCUGUACAGGGAUUGUACCAUAUACAAGUUUUGCAAUUAAUGUUGAGUGGUGGCGAUCACGUGACACUGCGUAGUACACCCUUAGAGAAUACUAGCAUAAAGACGGGUGGAAGAAGAAGAGAUCUGACCCAGAGUAAAAUGGCACGCAGAACGCUGCACAAGCAGCGUAAACAGAAGCGUGAUCAUUCUGAUAAGAAACGAAAAACGUCCCUUUUUAAACGAAUUAGUUCGAAACGAGCUAGUGUAGAGAUGCAACAGCCAUUAACUAUCAGUUGUCCAUUGUCAGCACCCAUUCUAUCCAGCGACAGCAAACCUCCACUUAUGAUGGCCGCAGGAAUGUGUUCUCCGUCAAUGGUGACUCCUAGCCGAUCGUUCCAGUCGUUUACACGUUCUCAAGAGACAUCGCCAUAUUUUGCAGCCUGCACAAAAUCUGUUUGCAGUCCGUCACCGCCAACGAACCGUGUCAGCUCAGAUUCGUAUCAUUCUACUGGCAAUUCGAGCCCUUGUUCGAGUCCGAACUCUUCGUCCCCGGGUUCUACCACGUCUGCUGCCAACUUACCAACCAUUUCCAAUCAGUCUCAUUAUCAGAGACCAAGUACUCUACACGGUUUGAAGCAUAAGUUACAUACAGCGGCAAAGAAUAUUCAUUCGCCAAAUCGUAGAAAAUCCGUGGGACAUAUACCGUUGUCUCCGUUAGCGAGAACCCCGAGCCCAUCGCCGCUUCCUGCCAGCCCUACCAGGAGUCCAAGUCCAUUAGCGUUUCCUACGGGACAUCAGCCUGGUAGCUCUAACACAACACAGUCUUAUAGUCCAGGUGUCUGCUUAUCAACGCCAAACAAUCAAAAGAAAAGCUAUGGGCGGCCAAAGUCUGCAGAGCCAGGUUCUCCGCUCCUCAGAAGAGCUCUUAGUCCAGACAGACUUCAUCCUCGCUCCGCUGAAAACAAAACAUCGAUAUCACCAUUGGUUAAUACAGUAGUGAAGGUGACUCCUCGGGUAACUAUAGCGCAAUCUUCCUACUCGGAAAUCUCCGAGGACAGCAGUGAUAGCUUCAAGGAUUUGAAUGAUAUCAAAGUAGAGAAGAAAGUGACGGCGGAUCAGAAAACCGAUUACUCCAAGAUAUCUCAUGGGAUAUCUAUCAACUUGGGUAACGUGGGUAUGUCCAAUUCCUGUGGCGGUACACAAUUGCCGAGAAUAGCGGAGGAAAAAGAUUCACCGACUGGUUCCAAGGGUGAUGAUUACUCAACGAAGGAAGUUUUGUCUUCCGACAAAAACAAUCCUUUCUACGGUAAAUCAACGGAACUAGAAAACACCGUGGAAUGUAACGAUCGUCGUGAGAAGGCGUCGAAGCCGGAUGAGCAACGCUCGCCAGUUUGUAAACUGGAAAAUGCUGCUCGUAGCGAGAGCUUUUCUAAUCUACAAACGCGUAGUCUACAGAAUGUGUUUGGAAAGCAGCCUCAGUCUUCCGAGAAAAAUUCACAAGCUUUCUCUCAGAAAGUAUCAUCUCAGAACAACGAGAAGAAUUUGCAAUCAUCGAGUCAGAAAAUAUCGUUGCAAAACAGCGAGAAAUGUUCGCAAACGGUGGGGAAAACUCCACCGUUGCAGAUCAAUGAAAAAGGUUCGCAAGUUGCAUUGCAAAAGCUGUCUCAAGGAAGCGAAAAAAGUUCAUCAACCGAAGGAACUAGCAAACAGAAGCAGUUUCAAGGUAGUGAGAAAACAGCCACGUUGCAUAAAGCGAACGAGCAGAAAGUAACUGGUAAAAAUACAGAGGUUAAUGUAGAAGGUAGAAAAACGUCGAAGAAACACAAAGUUGAUAGCUCAGAUGGCCCCAGUAACGCUUCCUCGAGCAGUUUCGAGGCUGGUGGAUUUGGAAAGGACAAGAAAAAUAAUUAGAAUUAAAAAACGGUUGUUCAUUAACAGAUCUAAGAUUUCUGCCAACGAAUAGCCUGUAUCUUUUUGUCUUAAAAAAAAAUAAGAAGAAAAAAAAACUCGUAUCUGUCUCGAAUGAAAUUAUAGAAAACGUAUAAAAAGAUAGUUUCUCUAAUGAAUGGUCAGGCGUGAUGUAUUGAAACGCAAGAUCGAAAGUAUGAUAAAUCAAAAAUAUGAGUUUGCAGCUUUAAGAAAAAGGGAAAAUGGUUUGUACUCGAAUCAAGUAUUUAUAGGUUUCCGUCGAAUAUAACAUACCUGAAGAUAUAGCUUUAGCUGGUAUUUCUGAUAUUCUGUGACACGUGUCCGAGUCACGUUCUAUAACCGUAAUCUUUGUCAUACGAAUUCUAAGGAAAUCGAAGGAUGAAAGUAGAAGGCAACAGGAAAUUGAAUAAUUAACUGUUCAGACAACAAUUUCACUCGCAGUUCGUUGAAGUUUGCUAUUCGCUAACUACUAGCGAGAGAAAGAAAAGAAGAAUAAAAAGGGUGGAAAGAAGAAAUUGGAGUAAUUUACACUUCGGGCUACAGUAUUUACACGAUCUCAUUUUACACUUAUGUCUAAUUAAUUAUUAGCACAUCAGCGAAUCGCGUACAGAUAGUUUUCCAAUGUGUGUAAUAUUAUUCGUGGAAUGAAAGCAACAAACACGUAUGUAUCGUAUAUACUCGUGAUACAGAUUUAAGUACUAAACUUUUUAAUGAUUUCUUUAUUUUAAAAAACCGCGAAACGAUUAUAUUUAAUGGUAUACAUUUCUUUUAGCGUGACAAGGAACGAAGCAAAGGCUGGACCUACGCGUCUUAAUUAUUAAAUUGGAAAAGAUUGGGAAAAGUGGAAUAACAUUUGGAGAACGUCAGGCUCGGUUUGGUUAAGAGACGACGGGAAGAAGCUUUUUAUCAUUUGUCUUCGUGGGAAUUGGACAUGAGACGAUAGAAGACUACUGUUCUAAUAUACUAGAACGAUGGAAUGAUGGAAGGCUUCUUCUUGUCCUUAAUCAAGAGAAGCCUAUCAUUCGCUUUGUUUCAUGAAAAAAUAUUGAUUGUUAGAGAAAAUGCUUCCAAAUAGGCCUAUGCACGAGUAUGUACGAUAAACGGAUCAUCGCCGCAAUGAUCAUCGUACAAGAUGCUCCCGUGUAUGCACAACGAUAUUACAACUUUCUCCGUUCAAGUAUUUCAUCACACUUUGUGAUUGCAUUUAAUCAUACGAAUCGGUGCUAAAUAUUCAUCUGAGAACUGGUGCUUGCUCCUAACGUUUCAGUGUCUUGAGUCGCUUUUGAGAAUGAAACGAUAGAACAGAAACUAAUUAAAGAAUCGUCGAGCAGAAAAAAAGGAAAUAUAUACAAAAAUAAUAAUAAUAAUAAAAAAAUUGAAAAAAAAAAGAAGAAAAAAAA